CUUUUCGCUUUUCGCUUCCCCGACCCCUCCCCUGAAAUCUCAGAAAUCAGAAAACCCUAGCCCUCCGUCCGUCGCAUCCCGCCCUCUCCAGCCCCUCCGUGACUCCCCGUCGAAUUCUCUUCAUCCCCUCCGUCGCGUCUUUUCGCUGAUUGCCGAUUGAAGGUUUUGGGUUCCUUGAUUAUUGGUCAAGGGCUUUGAUUUCUGGUGGGGACUGGGUAUCUCAGUGGUUCUAACUUCUACUAGGACCAAAAGGAAAGAGAUAUGCGUUUUAAUCUGCACAGCAAGCACUAGUGCUCCCUUUGGAUCUCUCAGUUCUACGAUCACAGCCUCCAAUCCUUUGUGAGCAUAGAGCAAUGGGCCGUAAAACUGGUACGCUUCAUAUCAACCCAAAGAAAUUUGGCUCUCUUCACAAGCCUUGCAUGAAGGAAAUGAUUACAUUUCUCAACUGCUUGGCUGUUAACCACAGCAGUGACGAUAAGUGUGUUAGGCAGAAAGAACUUUUGAGCGCUUGUAUGGAUUCUCAGACAAGCAAUAAAAGGAAGUCCUUGGGAAGUAUUAAUUACCACCUGCAGAGGCUUAACAGAGGAAGGAAGUAGUUUGGGGUUUUUAGAGAAGAAUGUUUGACUCGGGCUCAUUCUUCAGGUUCAGUAGUUGCAGACGUUUAUUAAGGUAUGGUGAACCAAAGAGUGUCUUAUCAUUUCUCAAUUCGACUUGGAUGAUUCGCCAGUGAAAACAUCAAACAUUUUUUGAACAAAUAGUAAUACUAUAGUUUAUAUAAAUCCUCGUCCAGUUAAAGAGGUUUGCAAUAAUCUGUAACAUGAGUACUUGGGGAAGAAAGGAAUCUGAAGGGUUUUAAAUGGUUGGCUGAACUGCACUAUUACUCUAAACUG